AGGACGGUUUACGGAAAGAUAAAAGCGUCUCAUUCCCAAGGAUCUCAAGACGGAGAAAAACGUUUUUCGAAAUAUCAAGAACAGCGCAUUUUGCCUGAAGGAACCCGCAGAAUAAUGAAACCGGGACCGGCGAACGUGGAGACGGGAAGAGGGGGAGAGCUGAUGCUGUGAUAUGCGCGGAGCCAGUGAGGGAGGGAGGGAGCGAGCGAGCACGAGAGGGAGGGGGGCUGUACUACGCUAGAUAAAGAUGCUUGUUAUAGUAGAAACGCAUAUUAUUUCACAAAACCACUUUAAAUAGACCUAGUUAAAGGUACCGAUUGUUGUAUUCAAGAAAACAACUUUUAAUAAGUGGGUAGAUUGAAACACUGACUGAUACUGUGAGUGAACCGUGACAACGUAAAAGAAUACGGAGAGGGGAUGUUGUUUUGUUAGGAAAUUCUAUUUCACGGUUACCGACCAAUAGAACAUAGUGUGUAUUGUGUGCAUGGUAUUUAAUGCACGUGUGUUUUAAAAUAAUUUUUAAUUGGCUUUGGACGAAAAUCAAGGCCAAGUAGCCAGAGAAAGAGGGAGAGGCUAGCAAGCUUGGAAGGAACAAGGUGGAGAGAGGGUGGAAUAUGACCCGAUAAAUAACGUUUUCACGUGUUGUUAUUAGGAUAGCCCAAUAGAAAAUAAUACCACCUUGCAAUAUUAUCUUUAAUUCUAAAAAACGGGCGAGUGCACAAGAAGCCAGUCGUGCCUGUAGGAUAUGAUGAAUUAGCCGUUCAAGAUUAUAAUAGCGCAGUGCUCUUCUUAUGAAUGACCGUAAUUAGGCCUAUUUGUAGCUUUAUUCGCUGUGAUAUUUCAUAUUUUUAUUGUGUGGAUCUUUUUCUUUUAUAAACGCGUGUCCGUCUCCGUCCCCCUUCCCUAUCCGUCCUUCCUGUUUUCAUCGGCCCUUUAAUUAUUUUAUACGAAAAUAAAUAUUUGAUUUACAUUUUAUGGAGGUCGGAUAUUGUAUCGCUAUAGCAGGCUAACUCUGCCAAUCCAAAUAAGUAGGCUACAAAUGUCAAACGGAAUUAAUAUAACGAGUAACCACAAAUAAUAAAGUGCUGGAUAGUAGGCCACAAAAUUGACAUCACUACUACAACCUAUCUGUCUCUUCUCACGUUAUAAUUGCUAUCGUUUGUAAUGUCUUUCCGGCACCCUUGUGCGUACAGGGCGGAUAGAUACAAAUUCCUCUUGAAAAUAUUGUCGGUCUUCGUUAUUGUCCUAUAAUAUAUUGAAAACUCUUGCACAGAAUGUCCAGCAAGGAACUGUUGGGGAGUCAGUCGACUCAAUACGUUGGGCCUUACCGACUGGAGAAGACGCUGGGGAAAGGACAAACAGGGUUGGUGAAGUUGGGAAUUCACUGUAUCACCGGGCAGAAGGUCGCCAUCAAGAUAGUGAACAGGGAAAAGCUUUCUGAGUCCGUGCUAAUGAAGGUGGAGAGGGAGAUUGCGAUUCUGAAGCUCAUAGAACAUCCACACGUUCUGAAGCUGCACGAUGUCUACGAGAAUAACAAGUAUCUAUACCUAGUUUUAGAGCACGUUUCUGGCGGCGAGCUGUUUGAUUACCUGGUGAAGAAAGGAAGACUGACCCCAAAAGAAGCAAGGAAGUUCUUCAGACAGAUUAUCUCAGCACUGGACUUCUGUCACAGUCACUCCAUCUGUCACAGGGACCUGAAGCCUGAGAAUCUUCUGCUGGAUGAGAAGAACAACAUUCGGAUCGCUGACUUCGGUAUGGCCUCCCUGCAAGUGGGAGACUCUCUACUGGAGACCAGCUGUGGAUCUCCACACUAUGCAUGUCCGGAGGUUAUCCGGGGAGAGAAGUACGACGGCCGGCGGGCGGAUGUGUGGAGCUGCGGGGUGAUCCUCUUCGCCUUGCUGGUGGGGGCGCUGCCCUUUGACCAUGAUAACCUGCGGCAGCUUCUGGAGAAGGUGAAGAGUGGAGUGUUCCACAUGCCUCACUUCAUCCCCCCCGACUGCCAGGCCCUCCUGAAGGGCAUGAUCGAGGUCAACCCCGACAAGCGGCUCACGCUAGAAGCAAUACAGAAACACUCCUGGUACCUGGGGGGCAGGAACGAGCCAUGCCCCGAGCAGCCCCCGCCCCGCAGGGUGUGUCUGAAGCGGAUCCUGUCCCUGACGGAGCUGGACCCCGACGUGCUGGAGAGCAUGCACUCGCUCGGCUGCUUCAGAGACCGCGUGAAGCUCACCCGGGACCUGCAGUGUGACGAAGAAAACCAGGAGAAGAUGAUCUACUAUCUUCUGCUGGACCGGAAGGAAAGGUACCCUAGCUGUGAAGAUGAAGAUCUGCCCCCCAGGAAUGACAUAGCCGACCCCCCGCGGAAGCGCGUGGACUCCCCGAUGCUGACCCGGCACGGCCGCUGCCGGCCGGAGAGGAAGAGUCUGGAGGUGCUGAGCGUGACGGAUCAGGGCUCCCCCACGCCCCCGCGCCGCGCCCUGGACUCCGCUGCACACAGCCAGAGAUCUCGCUCUGUCAGCGGGGCUUCCACUGGCCUUUCCUCCAGUCCUCUAAGCAGUCCCAGGAGUCCAGUUUUCACUUUCAGCCAAUCAGAAGUCACUUCUGCCACCACCACCCAGUCUAAGGACCCCAAACCAGGAAGCGCCACCGCUCCCCGGGCCGCCCAACGCGUGCCUGACCAAAAAACCCAAACUCUGCCUUCAAAAGCCCCCUCCGACCGCCCCCACCUCCAGUCCAUGAAGUCGCUCCCGCUGCAGACCCCCCGCUCCCCGUCCCCCAGCCCGCUCCUCUCCCCCAUCCCUCGCUUCUUUUUCUUCCCCGCUCCUUCCGUGCUCAAGUCGGUCACCAAAAGCAUCUAUCCUAACUCUGGGCAUCCUAAUACUCUGUCACAGGUUACCCCCCAGGGCUCCCCGCUGCCCACGCCCCUGGGCACGCCCGUCCACCACCCGCACCACCCCCAGCCUCCCCCCACCCCUCCCUCUUCCUCCUCCUCCUCCUCCUCUUCACGGGCAGAGGGGGGCGGAGUCGGGGGUGGGUCCCUCUCCCUCACCCCGCCCUCCAGCCCCGGGGGCGGCGGCCUGGCGGGCAGCAGCUCCGCCCACUGGAGGACACGCCUCAACUCCUUCAAGAACAACCUGCUGGGGUCCCCGCGCUUCCACCGCCGCAAGCUGCAGGUCCCAACCUCAGAAGACAUGUCCAGCCUAACACCAGAGUCCAGUCCAGAACUGGCAAAGAGGUCCUGGUUCGGGAACUUCAUCAACCUGGAGAGGGAGGAGCAGGUCUUCGUGGUGAUCCGAGACAAACCUCUCAGCUCCAUCAAGGCUGACAUCGUCCACGCCUUCCUCUCCAUCCCCUCCCUCUGUCACAGUGUCCUCUCCCAGACCAGUUUCAGAGCAGAGUACAAAUCCUCUGGAGGCCCUUCUGUCUUCCAAAAGCCUGUCAAGUUCCAAGUGGACAUCGCCUUCUCCGAGGGAGUGAGGGAGCGAGAGAGAGAGAGAGCAGAGAGGGAGGGCAAAAGAGAGGCUGGCAUCUACAGUGUGACUUUCACCCUCAUAUCGGGUCCCAGUCGCAGGUUCAAGAGAGUGGUGGAGACGAUCCAAGCCCAGCUGCUCAGCACUCACGAUCAGCCCUCUGUGCAAGCCCUGGCAGACGAGAAGAACGGGCAGCUCCCCCCUCGCGGCCCCGGCACCCCGACCCGGCAGAACUCUCAGCACUCCGAGGGAGGGUGCGAGCGGGGGGAGCGGGGCGAUGGGGGGGCAGUAGGGCCCGAGCGGGGGGAGCGGGGCGAUGGGGGGGCAGUUGGGGGCAGCGGAGCCCUCCAGCGCAGAGGCUCGGAGAAAGACCGGGGCAGACUGCUCUCCUCCAACGGGACGCCGCAGUCCCAGCCGUGAGCGGGAGGCUCACGCCCGCUCCUCGUGGAAAACACCGGAAAACAAUCGCACACAUUUCACACGGAGAAAACCUGUACCCCACCCCUCCCCAGAGCAGAAGUGUGGUUUUACGCUCAACGGAAGAGUUGCUUCUUUUUUCUUUUUUUUUUUGGGUCAUUCCAAACACCACGUAUGUAAUGCCUCGCCUGAGAAGAGCCCAAACACGGAAAUGCAAUAUUAAAUGGAAGGUGCAACAUUUGUGGAUUUGUUCUACUCUUUACAAUAACAACUUCUGGAAGACAAACUAAUCAAUGAACAAUUAAAAUAUGAAAACUAACGCUUAUCCACUGGGGAAGACACAAACCGUAGCGCUAAUGUUGUCCAAAGUACUAGAGGGCCGGAUACAGAGCACCAUCCAGCCUAUGAAAUGCAUGCUAAACAGUCUGUUAAUGCUGCUAGAUACAAAUACGCCUGCCCCAGGGAUACUAAAAAAUAUCUUUCAAAUACUUUUUUUUGCUGUUUUACAAACUGGCACCCCUCCUGGGUGAGUAGAGGUCACGUCUCAAGCCGGAUUAAAGCUGGAUUCGUGUGACCGUUCACUGCUGCCACUCCUUCCAGAGGGGAGGACAUCCACUCAUGGUCCCCAAUCCGCCCCAGUGAAACUGGAAUAACUCUCAGAGAGAAGAGGCCACUCCCGGGAAGUCGAAAAUCAAGUCUGACCUAUCAACUGUUAUCUGACCAACUGUUAUCACUUCAAAAUCUGUGGCAGCCGGUGAAGAACGGCAACUGACAUGAAAGUGUUUAAUGAAACACAAUUAAGCACCUAACCAAGAGAAGUGCACAGGAAUUGUCACAUUAACUUUGGUUUCUCGAUGGUACUUCAAUAUGGUAAUUACUAUAGCCACUCAGAAAAAAUGAUUAACAGUUAAACCCACUGACUUGGUCAACAAUUUAAGUAAUUGUACACCAACCAUUGAACACCAAAAAGUGAAACAUUAAAUUAUCAGGAAGGCAAAGAAAGUAAUAUCUGAACUUCAGAUUUGUCUUUCUAACUGGUCAAAAGGACUUGUGUAAAGAAUGAAGUUAAGCCAUGAAACGUCAAUCAAGAUGAUUAAACACUGCAAAUAGCAUAAUUUGAGUAUGAAUCUCACCAAACUAGUUUAAUCAGUUUAACUAUGAUUCAGCACACUCAAUCUCAAUCAAGGUCCAGGGUGGUCUUUGCAAAACCAAACUGCCUGCCCAAAAGUACUGGAAGGGACCAAUCAGGUUGGUGCACUCUCCAAGGGAGCUCCUGCUGGACCAAGGUGUAUCAAGAUGCACCUGGUUCCUGGGGUACCAAGGUGAGGAGCUUGGGAACCUGGAGCCUGUUGAGAGCCCAUGAAAUAAAGAGAGACUUUGACUCAGACUGGAGACUUUUACAAAGUGAGAAAGGGAGAAUGUUCUGGAAAAACAGAGCUCAACUCUUUCUGGUUGCUUUUCUUCAUGUUGUGACUACAAACAAAAUGUUGCUGAAGAAAAUGUGGUAAAAAGCUAACCAAGUGAAUGUCUAAAACACUUUAAAAUAUUUAUAUAUUUAAUUUAUAUUUAUUUUAUUUAUUUUAAGGAGGUUGUUGGUGAAAAUAACGGAACUGAGGAUCGAGGGAAAAAAAGCUAUCGGAAUGGGAAUCGUUUGAUGGACAGGUUUGGUUGUUGUAGUGGUGAAGCCAGCCUCAAAAUGCCAGUGGGAAAUGGAGCCAAAUCUGCUGAAAUAGAGGAGUUUAUUUUUUCUUACUUUUUAGAAACUAAUGCUGCAAAAAUCUUCCAGCUACAUUUUUUUAUUUUGUCUUUGCCCCCAUUUAGUUUAUCAUUGAGAAAGACACACAUACAAUUAACAAUUUUAUCUAUGCUUGUGAAGUCCCCCCCCCCCCCCCCAAAAAAAAAAAAUCUUCCAUGAAAUUUAAAACACUUGAAAAUAACAUUAGGAUGAUAUGAGAACACACACACACACACACACACACACAAAUACACUGUACCUGUUCAUUUCAGUCUGUGAAAAUGUUGCCCAACACAGAGGACUAUGGGACUAUGGAUGUGAACAACAUACGAUUCUCUGUGAACGAUUCCCUUACGUAAGCAGUAUUCACACAUCGACUUCAUUUCAAGAGAACCUGCGUUCAUUGGUGGGUUCUCUCUUUCAUGGCACAGGUCUUCAAAAACUGGAAUGCACUGUCCUAAAAAGAAAACUGUACGCAAAUUAAAAGUAACUUCUCCUCCUUUUUUUGUCCAUUGGCUGUCCCUGGCACACCCCGACAUGGGCUGCUUUUCCAUAGUCUCCACGUAGAGCACUUACAACAAAGAAGGGCCUCCUUCGGCUUCCUCGUCGGCCAUUUUAAAAUGUUACCCGUGCACCAGGAAUAUCCAAACUGGCCCUGUCCCUGCCCUAUCUCAGCAUGACGUGACAGCACUCCUGUAGUACCCACACAACUGUGACACGUCCUCAAGGAGUUACAGUGGUGUACAUUCCCUAUAUGUUCUCAUAACCAUUUCAUACAACGGUCUUUAUUGUUGGAGUCUCAGUACGGUACAAUAAUUCAGAACCCACAAUCCCAUCCGGGAAUUAACCCGAUAUGUGCUGAAAUAUAUUGUUUCUCAUUUCCUUGUGUUUCUGUAGCCAAUGUUUUCUAGAGCAGGUCUUUAUUUUCUGAUCUUAAAUUGCCCCCAAGGUUUACAUGCUUUUCAGGGCUAUGGUACUGUCUGAGCAUUAAGCCAUAACCUUCGUAAGCUACACGCAAUGGGACAGGCUAUUAAUUCUUAGCUUAUGAAUCUAAACAUUUCAUGUCAUUUUAUCAGUUGAAUACAGUUAGCAUUUACAGAAAAGAACAUCAUACUGUACUUUAAAGUAAAAAUCACACCUGCUUUGUUAUUAAAUUAAAUAUUUAUUUCAAGUUACUUUAUGCGACAAAGAAAACAAAUGUAGAAACAUUACAAUGCACAGUUUUGAUUAAAGGACAUUUUUCUGUUAAAAAAAAUUUACUUAAUUGAA